UAUCAGUAUCUCCAGCACAACCAGCAAAACGAUACCAAAUCAUGAAGGUCUUUCUGAUUUCCGCCCUCCUCGUGGCCCUGGCAGCCGCCGAGCCACCAGCUUAUCGUCAAAAAUAUUUCUUUGCUCAACAAAGGGAAGAACUCACCCCAGAUUCGGUGGCUCCAUAUCAACCAUCAGGAUGGAAGCCUGAUGGACCCGCCUUUAAUUUGCCCCAGAGACAGGAAGUUGAAAAUGCCUAUGGACCACCAAAAGAUCAAUACGGUCCCCCUAAGCAGCAAUACGGGCCACCGACGGCGCCUCCUAACCAGUAUGGAGCACCGGCAGCUCCUCAAAAUCAGUACGUACCAGCGGCUCCUCAGAAUCAAUUUGGACCACCAUCUGCUCCUCAACAGCAAUUCGGAACUGCCCAACAGCAACACGCGCCAUCGGCGGCACCUACAAAUCAGUAUGGACAACCAGCGACUCCAGAAAACCAGUAUGGACAACCAGAGGCUCCAGGAAACCAGUAUGGACAACCAGCAGCUUCAGAGAAUCAGUACGGCGCACCAGCGGCUCCUCAGCAGAAUUACCAAGUUUCACAACAGCAAUUUGGUGCCCCCCAGAGACAAUUUGGUGGCCCCCAGAGACAGUUCGGAGCCCCUCAAAAAUACAGAGUUGGACAAGCGGCUGCCCAGAAGCAAUACAAUGUUCCCCAAAAACCCCAGCAGCCAUAUGGAGCCCCUCAAAAACCUACACAGGAAUACGGACCUCCAGAAUAUACCACGACUGAAGUCCCAGACUCCACUGAAAAUGAUGAACCUACGACUGUGAAGGGCCUAACCGAAUCCGAGGUCGAACCAGUGAACUCUGCUAACGAACUCGAAGAUAGCGAGGUUGACGAACAGCCACAAAAAUCUGGACAAUACUUCGUUGCCCUUCCCGACGGACGACUGCAGCGCGUUCGUUACGUGAGUCGUGAGAAUAUCGAAGCAAUGAAGUACUUUGCAAAAAUCCGUGCCGAAAAUGUGGAGCCACUCAGAGGACCAAUCUACAACUACGCCCCGCUCCAAAAAUUGCAAAUUGCGCCAGCGUCCCUCGAGGUGGCGGUAGCGACGUCUGUCCCAGUUCAGUCCUCCAGACCUGAAAAGCUGAUUGCUCCAAGUGUCGAGAUUCAACCCCUGGCUCAAGUACAGUACCAAUUGGACAAUCCAGGAAAUGUGGUGCCACUCAGCUCUUCUUACACUACUCACACUGCAAACUAUCGAGUAGUACCUCAAAGUGAAAAUAGGUUCAUCAUCUCAGUCUAAUUAUUUUUAAAAAACUGAUAAGAGAUAUUUAAUUUUGUAAAUUCUGUAAAUGUGUAUAAAACCUGAAUCACGAUACUAAUAAAAAAAACGAUAAAUAUA